UUAAUUUAACUCCAUUUUUUCAAAUGUCGAUCUUGACAAGAAGGAUGACGUUCUUGAUAGCUUACCUCCUCUUUAUGCCGAGUUUUGUUCAAGCAAAAGAGAAUUUGCAGCGUGAGAAAUUCAAAGAUAUUAUGGAGGAUGUGACGAGCCUGUCCACUGCGUGUAAGGCUGUUGGAUAUGUAAAUACAAACUGUGAAAAAAACGAAUAUGUAGCAUUUGAUACUAGAAUGGGAUCAUCACCGACAUUGAAAAAGGGAGAAAAAGCCAUUUUUGAAGAAGUAAAUCUAAACGUAAAAGGUGGUUACAACUUUUCUACAGGCAUUUUCACUGCUCCAAUCGCUGGAUUAUACAUUUUCGACUGGACAAUAUGGGUAAACUCAAUGAGAAGAGCAGGUACAGUGCUUAGUGUUAAUGGCAUGAAGAAAUCCCACAUUAACUGUUAUGCAGCUUAUAAAUAUGGUAGAACUUUCUCAUGUAGUAAAAUGGCCAUAGUAAGGAUGGAAGUAGGUGAUAAGGCUUGGAUUUACAGUUCGAGCGGAAAUAGUUAUAUAGGAAUGUAUUCGUCAUUUUCUGGAUUCAAGUUGUAG